AUGGUGAAGAAGCCCUUGGUGUGUUCUCACAAUCUGCCCUUGAUCCCAAUCCUCUUUGCGAGGCCAAUUGCAAGCGAGGCCCCUCCUGGAGCCGUACCUUCACAAGGUACAGAAGCAUGGUAUGCUGACUAUGAUCUCAGCCUCCGUCCAGAGGAUGCUGGGGCCGGGCCUCUGUCAUGGCGCCUGUCGGCCUGGCAAUUCCAGGAGGAUUUGAUUGACUUCUACAACAACAAUGGCCGUCCGCCGUUGAAUCCAGCUUACUUUGUGGUUGCAACAUUACCAGAAGCAUUGCAGAUGCAGAUAUUACAAGAGUGUCCUGGGCUGAUGGUGGCUUCCAGCAUCCUGAUUGCUCAGGCACGACAAUCAGCCGGAGAUUGUCCUCAGGCAGCUGCCGUUUUUCGGCAGAUGCUGAGGUGGGCCUAUUUGCUGUCAAGUCGUGAUGCAGCCUUUCUGGCCCCAUUUGAUAGCCUGGUGCUGGAGGAGGAGCAAAUCAAGCAACUGGUGACGCAGGCAUCGGCUAUGCUGCCUGGAUGGAGCAUUGAGGUGCACAGAGAUUUGCCAAAAAUGUCAAAAAAUAGAAAAACUAGAACAGGAAAAAAGGUCUAA